GGAAGCGCUUCCCGAGCCCGCAGCACCUCCGGGUCGGAUCCCCCGGGAUGGCCGGGGCGGUGGAGCCGCUCCUGCUCCUUCUCCUGCUCCUGCUGCGCUGCGGGGCUCAGCGCGCUCCUGGGAAGGAUGAAGGCAUGGUGCAGCUGCCCGGAGGGACAUUCCAGAUGGGAUCCAGCUCCCCGGAGAGGAGGGGCGAGGAGGGGCCCGUCAGGGAGGUGACGGUGAAGCCGUUCGCUGUCGACAAACACCCCGUCACGAACAGGGAUUUCAGGGAGUUUGUUAGAGAAAAGAAAUACAAAACAGAAGCAGAAGCGUUCGGCUGGAGCUUUGUCUUUGAGGAUUUCGUGUCCGAAGAGCUGAAAAAAAAAGUCACCCAAAAACUGGAGUCGGCCCCAUGGUGGCUGCCCAUCGAAAAGGCUUUUUGGAGACAGCCCUCAGGCCCUGGCUCCAGCAUAAAGGACAGGCUGGAUUACCCGGUGCUGCACGUGAGCUGGAACGAUGCUCGGGCCUUCUGUGCCUGGAGAGGGAAGAGGCUCCCAACAGAGGAAGAGUGGGAAUUCGCUGCCAGGGGAGGACUGGAGCAAAGGCGGUAUCCCUGGGGAAAUAAGUUCCAGCCAAACCGUACAAAUCUGUGGCAGGGUGAUUUCCCGCGGGAGGACACGGCUGAGGACGGUUAUCACGGCGUCUCACCGGUGACAGCCUUCCCCCCUCAGAACAGCUAUGGGCUCUACGACCUGCUGGGAAACACCUGGGAGUGGACGGCCUCGGAGUUCCUGGCUCCGGGAAGGCCAACCAGGCAGGGGGCUCAGCACAUGCAGGUCCUGAGAGGGGCCUCGUGGAUCGACACUGCAGAUGGGUCUGCAAACCACAGAGCUCGUGUUACCACCAGAAUGGGGAACACACCAGACUCGGCCUCCGACAACCUCAGCUUCCGCUGCGCUGCCGACAUCCCGCCCGUCACAGCCCGGAAAAGCCGGACCAAACCCGAGCUCUAAGGGGUCACUUGGGAAGACCUGAGGCAUUUUCUCCUGUGGAGAUGAUCAGUAACCCCCCAGCUGUCACUUCCCAUUAAACCCUGAUGGUUUUUAAAAAUGAAAAAUAAAUACUUUCAGCUG